AUGGAUCUGGAGUAUCGGAGCGUCCUGGCACCGAGUGGGUUGCCCUCCCAUGCCCAUCUGAUCACACCCUCCGCCACCCCCAGCGACCUUCGGAACAAUCCUCGGUUUCCCCGACCCAUCUCGACCUACGAUCUAUCUGCCAGGAGUUCGGAGCCGUGCGAGAUGGAGAAGAUCCCCCCAAUCACCGGAAAGCGCCGCGGGGGGAGUCGAAAGGCCUGUAAUGAGUGUAAGCAACAGAAGCUCCGAUGUGAUAUCGUUCAGACCCCCGCCGCAGCAUGUUCCCGUUGCCGGCGUCUCCAGAUCGAGUGCAAGGUGGAGCCCACCUUCAAGCGCAUCUCCAAACGAAGGUUCUUCAAGUAUUAUCACCCCUUCCUUCCACUUCUGAACCCACAGAAGCCGCCGGAGGAAUACCAUCGGCGUUGUCCGCUGCAGGCGUGGACCAUCGUUUGUAUUGCAAGCCGACGGGCCCCAUCCGAACCCGGCCUUCUCAGUGCCCUUUCUGGACCAUUCAGUCGGCUUCUGUGGUCCACCAUCACUGCUGUUCCUCAGGACUAUCGUGUGGUCAAAGCGUUGUGUCUUCUCUGCACAUGGCCGUUGCCGACGACAAGCCAGCGCACCGAUGCCACAUUUAUGCUGAGUGGUCUGAUGAUGCAGAUCUCUAUGCAGUUAGGGUUGCACCGUCCCGUCCAGGCCGAAGAGUUCACCACAUUCCGAAUGGAGGCCCAAGGAGAAGCUGUCAAAGACCGCCUACAGACUUGGGCCAUAUGUAACGUUGUCGCCCAGAAUGUGGCCACUGGCUACGGCCAGCCUCCUACCACAAUCUACGAUUGGGCGCUGGAACCGGCUUCUCUGCGAGACGCCGACUAUCAGCCUUCGGAAGACCUUCGGGUUCGCUUGCGGAUAGAAAAGUUCUGCGAUCGAGUCACCAAGUCAUUGUACAGCGGCAAGCCGGAACCCGCUGAAUUCAACAGCUCGGAAAAGCUGUUGAUCGUGCAGCUUCUGGAAAACGAACUGCGCGAUAUGGAAGUCGAUUUUGGUUCAAGCAUUUCGAAUAUCAACAUGAUCCAUUUGCGUGCCGCUGAGUUACACCUCAGAUACUUUGUCUUCCUGGGUUCCAACCCGCGAAGUGAUGAUUUGACAAAACUCUUCAUUGCCACCACAUCGUUCCUGGGCCGAGUGCUUGAUCUGGAAACGUCUCCGGGCGAGCUCAUCGGCCAUGCGACGAACUACAUUCUUCAGAUGAUCGUGUCGGCUGCGUUCGCGUUGAUGAAGCUGCUGAAGAGCAACUUCAGCCGACAUAUCGAUUUCGAACAUGGGAAGCUCUUGUUCAACGGAGCGAUCUCGGCGAUCCGGCGUAUCAGUGUGAUGGAUCACGAUCGGCCCGUGCGUCUGGCUGAUAUCUUGGCGCAGAUGUGGAAUGCGGGCGCUCCGGAAGCGGGCGAGGAUUCUCUUUUGCUGAAAGUACGUUGCCGCAUGAGCAUGAGCCACGUCUACGAUACGGUGUGGCGAUGGCGACAGCGCUUUAUGCCGAUGAAGAGCAUUGAGGAUGCUCAAGCGACGAUGAGCAAUACCAACAUGUCGACCGCCGCCGGACCAGCCCCCCGGCAGCAGGACAAUUCACUGGCUGACCCCGGCCUGAUCUAUCCGCCCAACUUCGACCAAGGCGCGUUCAUCAGCGAAGUGGGUUUCUCCGAGGUGUUCGAUUCGCUCAACUGGGUAUUCGACGGCAUCCCGGAUUCCUUUGUGGCUCCACCGGUGAUGUAG